CAAAGCACACGCAAGACACAGUCUCUCUAGCCUCACAGAUACAUCAUGAACGCACUCAGGAUCGCCGUCAAGGGCCGCUGUCCGUGCUCCCCUCUCAAAGAGGACCUUCAUGUCUGCAUCAGUCGCACGAGCAGACAUCGUCACAGAUCUCUACCUCAAGCAGGUCAAGGAGUACAGGCCCGCUCCAUCCAAGGCAUCCGACUCUGAGGGACAAGUGAAGAAUUGGUCCGUUCCUGCUGCACCUGCUGCGCCGCAAGAGCUCGGUGAUGUCUCCUCCGAGCUGUCCGCUUAUGAGUCCUCUGAGGCUGGUGGUGAGGCAUCGGCUGGAUCAUCGGGAAGUGCUGCAAAGAGCGAUGAGGGCGAUUGGUUCGAGUUGGAUACUGCUCCCGACCAUGUCCACCACUAGACGUACCUUCUGUACCAGGUCUGUCCGUUUUUGAUACUUGAUACAAGUCAAAGUAGAUAGAAUUCAUGUGCAGACAAACCAUUCUGCUACCAAGGAUAUGAAGACUAGAAAGUGAGCCUAGAUACCAC